AAGUUCGUGCGGGGAUAGUAGUGUUAUUUUUUGCACUAGAAACUAUAUACACAUCCAGUCCGAUUGGCGAUUGUGGGUGAAAUCACGCCUAUAUGUGUAUUGUUUCUUGCAAGCAACCGAAAGAAAAAAAAAAAAGCUCAUUUCGAUACACGUCAACAGAAAGAAGUCAUUGCUUGUGCACUCCAGAAGAGAACAGAUUGGACACUCCCGGCUGCAAACGUUGAAAGAUAAAACCUGUUUGUUUGCCUCGGAAAAGAAACAAGAAUCGAUAGCGGCGACGGUCAACGCUGCAGACUGCCAAAAGAACGUGAACCGCGAGUUUUAAAAAUCCUGCCCCGCUGAGUUGUGUAUAUAAAGGUGUCGUUCGCCAGCGAAAGUUUUUCCAGUGUCGAGCCAAUAUCGAUACAGAACGGUUACUGAGUGCGCGCGCGGAUACACGUUCGGUUCAGGACCUCGUUGAAAGGUAAACUCCAUUUAGCGAGAUCCCCUCAAGAGCGAGAGUGUUGGCGCGGUUGGCGGUGAGAGCAAGUGUGUAAAACAACCGAUCGCAUUAGUGCCGAGUGAGAGGUGGACGGCCACCGAAGUACGUGUGCGGAAAAACUGGUACCAAGUCGUCAUACGACAAGCCAGUUGGGCAAGUUCCCGAAUGCGAGAGUAGGUUGGAGUAGCUCCAAAAUCCCCAAAGAAAUAAAGUGGCGAUCCGUGGCAAACUGUUCAGUCGUCUGUGUUCCGCAUUCGUUAGAGGUUCGUUGGCGGUAACGAAAUUGGUGUCUGUUGCAGUAAGCUUAUUGUACUCGCUAGCGUGAUAUUGAAUCAUUAGCUGAACACUUGAGUGCGUGUGUGCUUGGGCAAUAAACAUAGCAAGUGCCAGCGUGUGGUUUGUUGUCAGAUAAAAACGAGCUUACCGAACAGUCUAGUUUGUGUUAUCGGUUGAUAAAAUGUGCGGCAUUUUCGCUUAUUUGAAUUAUCUUACGCCAAAAUCAAGGCGCGAAGUUCUGGACCUGCUGCUGACUGGAUUGAAGCGUUUGGAAUACCGCGGGUAUGAUUCAGCUGGUGUUGCUGUGGAUACUGAAGACCAGAAGGGAAUUAUAUUGUUUAAAAGUACGGGAAAAGUGAAGGUUUUGGAAGAAGCGAUAACAGAGUCUCUCAAGGACAACAGUUUUAGCGACACGGUUGAGACGCAUGUUGGCAUUUCUCAUACUCGUUGGGCUACUCAUGGUGCACCUUGCGAGCUGAAUUCUCAUCCACAGCGUUCGGAUGAAACUAACUCGUUCGUCGUUGUUCACAAUGGUAUUGUGACAAACUACAAGGACAUCAAAAAAUUCCUCGAACUUCGCGGGUACGUCUUCGAAUCUGACACGGAUACGGAAGUGAUCGCCAAACUGGUUCAUCAUCUUUACCUUCAACAUCCUAACUAUUCCUUCAGAGAGUUGGUAGAACUAGUUGUUCAGCAGAUUGAAGGAGCUUUUGCGCUUGCAUUCAAGUCCAAACAUUUCCCCGGUGAAUGUGUUGUAACACGUCGUGGUUCACCGCUGCUUGUUGGUAUCAAGGCUAAGACUAGUCUAGCCACUAACCACGUUCCUAUCCUGUACGGAAAAGGACAUCGUCACGGUUCGACUGGAAAUAUUCAGGUGGAACCUACACCGGACAACACUUCGGACUUCAUUAACCCCGGUGAGGAAGUGGAAUACUUCUUUGCUUCGGAUGCAUCUGCAGUUAUCGAGCAUACGAAUCGCGUCAUCUAUCUAGAAGACGAUGACGUCGCUGCAGUUAAGAAUGGUGCACUAGGAAUUCAUCGCCUGAAGAAGAGCUUGGACGAUCCGCAUGCCCGUGAAAUCACCACUCUAAAGAUGGAGAUCCAGCAGAUCAUGAAGGGAAACUAUCGCUACUUUAUGCAGAAGGAAAUUUUCGAGCAACCGGAAUCCGUUAUCAACACUAUGCGAGGACGAAUGAAUUUCGAAACAAAGAAGGUUACCCUUGGUGGUAUCAAAGAGUACAUUCCUGAGAUCAAACGUUGCCGGCGUCUGAUGCUGAUUGGUUGUGGAACAUCGUAUCACAGUGCUGUAGCUACCCGGCAGCUGCUGGAGGAACUGACAGAACUUCCGGUGAUGGUCGAACUGGCUUCGGACUUUUUGGAUCGUAACACACCAAUCUACCGAGACGAUGUAUGUUUCUUCAUUUCGCAGUCAGGCGAAACGGCCGACACACUGAUGGCCCUUCGCUAUUGCAAGCAACGAGGAGCAUUGAUUGUUGGAAUCACAAACACCGUUGGAAGCUCGAUCUGUCGUGAAUCACACUGCGGAGUGCACGUUAAUGCUGGUCCUGAAAUCGGUGUCGCCUCCACCAAGGCCUACACAUCGCAGUUUAUUUCGUUGGCUAUGUUUGCUCUGGUAAUGAGCGAGGACAGGCUUUCCUUGCAAAAUCGACGAGAAGAGAUUAUCGAAGGACUCCGUCAGCUGGAUACGCACAUCAAACAGGUGCUUAAAUUGGAUCAAAAAGUUCUGGAAAUCGCUCAGGAUCUCUACCAGCAAAAGUCACUGCUGAUUAUGGGCCGAGGAUAUAAUUUCGCCACUUGCAUGGAGGGUGCGUUAAAAGUUAAAGAGUUGACCUACAUGCACAGCGAGGGAAUCAUGGCGGGUGAACUGAAGCACGGUCCGCUGGCGCUGGUCGAUGAUACUAUGCCCAUCGUGAUGAUCAUCAUGCGAGACCCGGUGUACAUCAAGUGUAUAAACGCACUUCAGCAGGUCACAGCCCGCGAGGGACGACCGAUUAUCGUUUGCGAGGAAGGCGAUUCCGAAACAAUGAGUCUUGGCUCGAAAACACUGGAGAUUCCACGCACUGUCGACUGUCUGCAGGGUAUCCUCACCGUCAUUCCAAUGCAACUGCUGUCCUACCACAUUGCUGUGCUACGAGGAUGCAAUGUAGAUUGCCCACGGAAUCUGGCCAAAUCGGUCACGGUGGAGUAAGCUGACCUUCCAUUCCAACAUUCGCGCGCCCCCGUCGUGUUGCAGCCGGGCAGUAUCAAUUCGAUUUUAUUUUAUUUUACAACGAAGACACCGUUACUUAAAUCAUCACCGUUCUGUCCAGUGGAAGUGUUCUUGAUUGUACAACAUUCCGAAUGGUGGAUGGCGGAUAGUGUGGAGGGGUUGAAGGAGGCGAAUGAAACAAACAUCCACGUCUACGUGUUGAUAUUUUGUUUUAUUGAACGAGAAAGUGCUGGAGUUCGCCAAAAUGCAAUACCACUACAAUAUCACACGACGAGUGAAACGGUCACUUAUCAACAAGGAUCAACAAAUUCUUCUAAUCUCUCUCUCUCGUUAUUAACGUGGACAGCGAAACGGGCAACACAGGUGGUUCAAGUAGGAAGGUGGAACUUGUUGCAGCAAUAAAUUAUAUAUGUAGAGAUCGACAUGAAAUUGGCAAUGAUAGUUUUUCUCUUUCUGUCGGUCGUGAUUAACGUAUGUAUUUGAUUAUCGAAACAUUAUGAAACAGUCGAUUUAGUUGUUUUGAUCGAAAAUGGGGGAACCCCGAUAAGCGUAGGAGUCAAAUUAUGUUCGUACUACUGUGAGAAGAAUGUUCUUUUUAUAUAUUAUUUGAACAAUAAAGUAUUAGCGCAUAGAUCUUUACUCAAACAAAACAAA